UUUGUUCGCCGUCCUGUUCCUGUCUGAUUGAGCUCCAAAAAUCGACUGAUGACUCGAAUCGUGCCGGGAAGGGCCGCCAGGAACUUUCGAAAAUGAGUGCCCCGUUCCAAGCGGGCGUCGCCGUCCACCACCGCUGCGGCCUACACCCGCCGUCACCGGCCGCGCUAGAGCAGAAACUCGUUGUCUCCGGCGGGGUCGCUCUCUCCGGGCAUGUGAGGAUCAGCGGGGCCAAGAACUCGGCGCUCCCCAUCCUUGCUGCCACUCUCUGCUGCGAUGACGCCUCCGCCAUUUCGCGUGUCCCCGACCUCCUCGACACCCGCUCGAUGGCCGCCGUCCUGCGUUCGUUGGGAGCCCGAGUCGAGUGGCCGGAAGGGGCCGACGGUGGGGAGUUGGUGGUGGACGCUUCCGCGGCGGGAGCGGGCCCUCCCUGCUCCAAUGAGCUCGGGAAGACGCGCGCCGGGUUCUUAGUGAUCGGACCUUUGCUCGGUCGGUUCGGCGAGGCGGAGGUCGGCUUACCCGGUGGGUGCAACAUCGGUGCGCGACCCGUCGAUUUGUACCUCCGUGGUCUCAGAGCGCUUGGCGCCGUGGUCGAGAUGAAGCAAGAUAAAGUUGUUGCAUAUGCUGCAAAAGGCAAGCGACUCACAGGAGGGACAUUUUAUCUCAAUUAUCCUAGUGUAGGGGCAACUGAAACUCUGAUGAUGGCAGCCUCCCUCGCAGAUGGAGUCACUGUCCUCUUGAAUGCAGCCAAGGAGCCAGAAGUAUCUGAUCUUGCUGAAUUUUUAACUGCUUGUGGAGCACGGGUGCAUGGUGCCGGGACAAGUAUAGUUACAAUCAAGGGUGUGAGCAAGUUGCAUGGCACAGAGUUUACUAUUAUACCUGAUAGAAUUGAAGCUGGUACCUUUAUGGUUGCAGCUUCAAUUACGUGCUCAAAGUUAUCAAUGUCACCUGUUAUUCCAAGACAUUUAACCUCUGUUAUCGACAAGCUUUCUGCAUCUGGUUGUACGAUUACUCAAACAGGGCGCUGUAGCUUGGAGGUUUCAGCCCUGAAGUCAAGACACAGUGCUGGCCUUCGGGGUUUUGAUUUCAAAACGUGCCCAUAUCCAGGAUUUCCCACUGAUCUGCAGCCUCAGUUUAUGGCCUUGUUAUGUACAUGUAAUGGCUCAAGCCUUGUGGAAGAAUCAGUUUUUGAAUCUCGCAUGACUCAUGUGGAGGAGCUUAAAAAGCUUGGAGCAAAAAUACAUGUUUGUAGUCGGCAUGUACUGGUCAAUGGAAAGGAUCGGGGAAGUUUGUUGUUUGGUGCGCCUGUUAUGGCUCAUGAUAUCAGAGGUGGAGCCGCCUUGGUCCUGGCCGGCAUGGCAGCCGAAGGAACUACGGAGGUGCUUGGAGCACAACACAUCGAGAGAGGAUAUGAAAAUUUUGUAGCUAAGCUUAACAGUUUAGGAGCUAGUAUCAGGAGAAAUCAAGAUGCACAACUCACGCUUUCAUCAAUUAUGUAGAACAACUUUUUCAUAUGAAAUCUCCAAAUCCAGCAUCAAAAAACGUCAAAAUAAGUUAAUUGCUUCUAAGUUCCGAACCGUCUCUUCUUGCCUUCCCACAGAUUCUUUCUUUUUAUAGUCAGAGCAUGCUUAGGCUUCCUUCUUCGUCCUCCUUUGGAUCAUCGCAAAAUCUGCAAUAUUUGCAAGUCAGCGUAGAUAUUUCUUGUUAAUUAUCCUGACCCAAGGAAAGAUGAAGCAGCAAGAAGUUUGGGAAGUCGGCGGAGGACGCUUCUAAAAUGUUGACAUAUCCAAAGAUAUUUCCAAAUGCUCCUAUCUAUUGUUGUCAUGUUUGAAUGUUGAAGGUGUACAGAUUCACCUCUGCAUGCAAUAUUGUAUAUAGAAGCGAAUAUUUAACUUCCCCAUUCUCUGUGUUAUUUCUUGCUUUUUCGCAGGUGAUAGGAGGAAACCAAGAACGAAUCAGAUGCCACAAAGAACCAAGGGCUCAAUUGGUUGAUUCUUUAAUUUGUAUGUCGAAUCUAAAUCGAUGUCUGUACUCUUAAAACCCAGUUUU